AUGUCGCUUGGCCACAACGCCUGGCCUCCAGGCAACAUACGGCCUCCAGAUGACCUCCAGGACUCCCCGCGCCCAGUCAAUGGCUUAGUGAAGACAUUAUCUGGUUCAAGAACUCCGCAAAUACGCGGUUCUGUCAGCGCCGAAGGGCCGGUCCCCGGUAGCAUGACCUCCGAACCCGAUACCGCGCCGGAGGAAGAUCCGCGCAUUGCCCAAUUUCGUGACUUGUAUCGCCGCAGCGAAGCGAAAAUAAGUGCGCUCUUCUCUGGGCAAGACGUUACCGAUGACCCUGCCGGCGCAACGGCUGGAGAAGCUACCGAGGCCCUGGAGGCUCAACCAGAACGCGUCGACGAUGCGCCACCACCUUCCGUACCACCGCGCAAGUCUGCCCGAAAGCUCGACGACGAUGACUACGAUGAUUACGACGACGAUGAAGACGAGGAAAUGGGCGACGCCGCCGAAUCCCCCUCGAAACCCAAGCUCGUCGCCUCUCAAGACCCCACACCACCGGCCCACCCCCUCAGCACGUCAGUCUCCACAAGCGCCGAGGGUGCAAAGGAGCCCAAGAAGGAGACAUUGGAGGAGAUCCGGAAGCAGCUUGAAGAUGACAAGAAGGCGACGGAGGAGGCUGCCCGGCGGAGUUUCCACACGCUUUUUUACACCCUGGAGAAUGACCGCGAUGCUAUGCUCGAUCAACAACGCCUGGAAGAGUCCGAGCGUCAGGUCGAGGCGGAGAUCUCCGGCCAGGCCAACAUGGGAGGGGCCAAUACCUCGGCUGGCUCCAAUGGCUAUAGCUCUUUGAGCAAUACCAACCUAGGUGCCUCCAGUUUGACCUUGAAGAACCUCAUCGCUCGAAUUGACAAGAAACGUGACAAGGUUCAAGCGUCCGAUGCUGAAUUGAGAAGCUUGCUGAGCGAAGUGCGCAAGAAUCGCAGCAAAUGGGCGAACGAAGACAAAGUUGGCCAAGAAGAACUCUACGAAGCCGCGGAAAAGGUUCUCAGUGAACUGAAGGCUAUGACGGAGCAUUCUACCGCUUUUUUGACUCGGGUUAACAAACGCGAUGCGCCCGACUAUCACAUCAUUAUCAAGCACCCGAUGGAUCUUGGAUCAAUGACAAAAAAAUUGAAGGGCCUGCAGUAUAAGUCCAAGCAAGACUUUGUGGAUGACCUCACUCUCAUCUGGGCAAAUUGUUUGAAAUACAACACCAACGCCGAACACCCUUUGCGGAAGCAUGCGCUCUACAUGCGCAAAGAGACCGAGAAGCUUGUCCCCCUGAUUCCCGACAUCGUGAUCAGAGAUCGUGCUGAAGUAGAGGCCGAGGAGCGCCGACUUCAGAUGGCAGACCUCGAUGGCGGCGAGGAGAGCGAUGACGAACCCAUCAUGUCUUCGCGUGGAAGAAAGGCUCCUGGCAAAAAGUCUUCCAAGAAGGGCACUGCCCCUUCUCGCAAUACCCCCAGCGGCUCCGAGGGUCCACCUGGGGCACCCAGUACCCAAGCACCUGCGCCAGUGCGUGCCGACUCGGAUGCUGCCGCGGAGGUAAGCCAGAAUGGCUUUGGUACACCACCCCCAGGAUCUCACACUCCGUCUGAUCCUGCUGGCCCGGGAGCAGCGGUAGCGAGUCAAGACGAUUCCAUGGAACUUGAUGGCCCAAGCACCUCCACCACAGCCCUCAGUGCACUUUCGGUGCCUGGUGUGGAGCUUGAAGACCCAGAAUAUAAAGUGUGGAAGCAGGUCACCAAGCAGGACAGAGCACGCAUUGCUGCGGAGCGACAUCGUCUCUUGAGGGGCGACAAGCUUAAUAUUGAGGAACCGGCCCUGCUUCGAACUAAGGCGGGCAUGCGCCGAUGGCUUCGACACCAAAAGCAAGCUGCCAUUGAAGCCGACAAGUCUCUUGACACUGGCUCUCAACUUGAAGCUGAGGCUGCAGGCGAGUCUCUUGCGGAAGGCAUUGAGGUGGAAGAAAACCAGAUGCUUCCAUUCUACUAUGACGUGAUGUCUGGCGUUCCUGACCUUCCAGAGCAACUAACCUGGAAGGAAGAUGCACAGGGUAAUGUCGUGGAUGCCUCAGAAGAGUUCCUCAGAAUUCUUAAAAAGGGCGAAUUCAUCCAGCCAGACAGUAAAUUGACACAGAGGAUGAAUGCCAACAUGCGACAGAUGCAAGAGACGCGCAAGAUUUGCUCCAAAAUCGGCAUUGUGAAGCAGAUGCAGCUUCAAGCUCAGAUGUAUCAUAAUCAAUUUCAAAAGUACAAUCCCGAGCCAUUUGUGGAGCAGGAUGUGGAACCUCAUGUCAUGAACGACAAUGGCCCUGCCAUUGCCCCCUACGUUUGCCGGGCGGCCUUACAACGCUCAGUGGCCAAGAUCUUCUACCAUACCGGUUUCGAGGAAUACCAGCCAUCUGCCAUUGAGUCUGUCACAGAAGUCGCAGCUGAUUUCUUCCACAAACUUGGCUCAACUCUCAAAUCCUACAUGGAAACUCCCCAGGUUCCUAAAUCCGAGUCCCAGGAUGCACUGUCAGCUACUGAGUGGAAACCUGCCUACACAGAACCUGAAGUUAUCUUGCACACCCUAGCUUCAGUUGGCAUCUCUGUCGAUGAGUUAGAAAACUACAUCAAGGACGACGUUGAACGUUUGGGUACGAAGCUCACAACGGCUCACGAUCGCCUCAAGUCUCUUCUGACUGAACUCCUUCGACCGGCUCUUGCAGAAGGCGGCGAAGAUGGUUCCACUGCCUUCGCUGAUGGCAGCGAACAAUUUGUCGGUGGUGACUUCGCCGAGGAUAUCGAUGAGGACUUCUUUGGUUUCAAAGAACUGGGCUUGGACCGCGAGUUCGGUCUUUCUACCCUUAGUGUGCCGUUGCAUCUGCUUCAGAAUCGCAUGUUUAAUGCCGCCAAUCCACAGAGCACCAGCCGUCACACUGUUCCCAGCCCCCCGCCAUAUGCUCGAAUCUCCACAGACAACCUGUCCGAUCAAGUUGGACUGGUACAAGCAUUCUUCAAGGGCAAGCUUGAUGCAAACCGUGAUGAGCCUCUCACUGAAGAUCUUGAGCUACCCCCGAAGCAGAGACCUAUGGCUGCAAAACCACGUCUUCCUGCUUCUGGUAAAAUCCCUCAGGCUGGUCUAUCGGGCCUUAACACCAGCCCACAAAAGAGGACAGCUCCAUCCCACGCAUCCAAGGCUGGCACCACCGAACCAAGCAAGAAAAAGGCCAAGAAAAACAGUGGUACAGCCUUAGAUCUGCAUAACCCCAAUGGCGACGGCGACGGCGACCAAAAUUCCGGUGAUGCAGCAGCAUCCAACCCAGAUGGUAUUGGCCUUCCUGACGGUGCUGGUGAAUCCAUGGCCAAUGGAACGUGA